GCUGGGAGGGUAAACCGCGUUUUAAGAGCUACGCCCUCUCCGGUUGCUUCUACCACUCAUCUCUGGCAACGCGCACAGAACCCACUGUGUCGUCACUGAGGUCAGCGAGACGGAGCGAAGAUGGCGACCGCCUACGAGAGAUAUAAUUUGCACACGACUCCAGAGAAGUUCUUCAUCGAGGCCUGUGAUGAGGGGGCAGAUGCUGUGCUGGCAAUCGACAGGGUUUCUAAUGAGAUGACCCUCACAGGUAAAAAGGAUGUCCCUCCCUCAGCCGUCACCAGGCCAAUAUGUGGCAUCAUGGGAACCAUUCGCCUGGUUGCAGGUAUGUACCUGAUCGUCAUCACCAGGAAGAGGAAUGUGGGCAGCCUCCUGGGCCACGCCGUGUGGAAGGUCGUGGACUUUGAAGUGAUCUCGUACAAGAAGACGGUGCUGCACUUGUCAGAGAUACAGUCACAGGAGAAUAAGACCUUCCUGUCGAUGAUUAACAACGUGCUGACCACGGACGGCUUCUACUUCUGCACCGAUUACGACCUGACACACACGCUGCAGCGGCUCGCCAACACCAGCCCCGACUUCCAGGAGAUGAGUCUCCUGGAGAGGGCAGAUCAGAGGUUUGUGUGGAACGGGAAUCUCCUGAGAGAACUGGCCGCACAGCCAGAGCUUCACAGGUUUGCACUCCCUGUCGUCCAUGGAUUCAUCGUCAUCAAGCCCUGCCGUAUAAACGGGAAGAUCUUUGAGUGGAUCCUCAUUUCCAGGAGAAGCUGCUUCCGCGCCGGCGUCAGAUACUACGUCCGAGGCAUCGACUCUGAAGGUCACGCCGCUAACUUUGUGGAGACCGAGCAGAUCGUCUUGUACGAGGGAGCAAAGGCUUCAUUUGUGCAGACACGAGGCUCCAUGCCUUUCUACUGGAGUCAGAGGCCCAACCUCAAAUACAAGCCUAAGCCCAUCAUCAGCAAAACCCCUAGUCACUUGGACGCUUUCCAGAGCCAUUUUGACUCUCAGCUGCUCAUUUAUGGGAAGCAAACCAUCCUCAACCUGGUGAAUCAGAAGGGCUCAGAGAAGCCUCUAGAACAGGCUUUUGCCAAGAUGGUGUCAGAGAUGAACAACGGUAUGCUCAACUACUUCCCCUUCGACUUCCACAAAGAGUGCAGCCACAUGCGAUGGGACCGCCUGCAGAUCUUAGUGGACGCCGUCAGUGAGGCACAAGAAGAAUACAGUUACUUCAUGGUGAACUCGGAGGGGAAGACGGUGGCGCAGCAGAGAGGAGUCUUCCGCAGUAACUGCAUGGACUGCCUGGACAGGACCAACGUCAUCCAGAGUCUGCUGGCCCGACGCUCCCUACAGUCACAGCUGCAGAGAGUCGGGGUUCUGAACGUGGGCCAGCAGAUUGAAGAACAGGUUGAGUUCGAGAAGGUCUACAAGAACGCAUGGGCUGACAAUGCCAACGCUUGUGCAGUACAGUACGCAGGAACUGGAGCUUUGAAAACAGACUUCACAAGGACGGGGAAGAGGACCCGAUGGGGGCUGCUGAUGGAUGGAUGGAACUCCAUGAUUCGCUACUACAAGAACAACUUCUCUGACGGAUUCAGACAGGAUUCCAUCGACCUGUUUCUGGGUAACUUUGCUGUGGACGAGUCCGAUUGUCCAACGCCACUUCGUGUGCAGAAGGACUGGAAGUUCCUCACGCUGCCCAUUAUUAUGCUGGUGGCGUUUUCCAUGUGCAUCGUGUGUCUCCUCAUGGCCGGCGACACGUGGACGGAGACUGCGGCUUACGUGAUGUUCUGGGGCGCAGCGAGUGCCAUCACGGCCACCAUCAUCCUGUUCAACGGCCAAGACUUUGUGGACGCCCCCAAACUGGUUCACAAGGAGAAGAUGGACUAAGUUAUGGUGUGUGUGUGUGUGUGUGUUUGUGAGCGAGGAGCAGCUGGGUCCCACAGGCUCAUAUACCUCUUCAUUGACACCAUUUCCUGCCUCAUGUCUGGACUCGAGACCCGUCUGCUGCCUCCAUACUGCCGUCAGACUCUCUCUCUCUCUCUCUCUCUCUCUGUCAAGACACUACGGUUUUUCUGUCAGUCGUCUAUAGCACAUGUUACCUUCCUCUGGUACUGCACACACUCCUCGACGUGGUUUACAUUCCUCACACCGAGUCUUUAGCUGGGGGUUUGCUGCUGCUGCUGCUGCUUUGUUCGAUUUGUUGGCAUUAGCGUCUCAGAAAUGCAGACCGUCUACGAUGGAACAAGUUCCACAACUGCUCAUUUCCUUACUUGCCACUUAUACGUUUAAAAUCCUAUGGGGAGAUGAUUUGGGGGGGGCGUGUGGUUUUAAAAUCAGUGCAGUAUUUUCCCUCAUAACUCGGAGACUAGAAUCGGGAUGUUUCACCAAAAGUACAAAUGUUAUAACGUGCAGUUUUAUAUUGUGCUUCAUCACUCACACAUCAUCCAAUCAGCCAGAGAAGAGCAGUACAAAGCAGCUGUUGUAGCUGAAUGAUGGUUGUUGCCUCGAAACAGCUUUCUGCUGCUGGAAAUGUGGUCGAUAAAGAGAUGUUUAAAACAAAAAAAAAAUGCAGAGAAUAAGAAUAUGAAAUAAAGUAAAAGAAAAAAGUUUUAAUCAUAAUGUAAACUGACAUUUGGUGUUAAAUGAAACUUUGAUUAUUGUAGCUUUACAGAUGCGACACAAUCGUACAUGUUUAUCAGAUAAUUGUGACCUUAAUUGUUUGUAAUUACUUAAUGAGCUGUAAAAUUCCCUGAUGUGCAAAUAUUGAAACAUGUACGGUAUAUUUAAUAUUGACGAAUAUUGAGAAUGAGAGAGCACAAUUAUGUCUUCCUGUUGUUGUGAGUAUUUAUGGCUCAGUGCAUCCACUCUGGAGAACAACAACAUGGCAGUUUUAGGUCAAAGUUUAGAGCACAUUCAAACUCUCAAUCACUCAAGUCCAAAGUGCUGCACGUGCUUGAUAAAUUGUAAACAAAAUAAUGUCGUGUAUAGGUCAGUGAUUCACAGGGUCCAGCCUUGUGCUCGUUUCAAAAUAGUUGGGAGAGACUGGGACGAGACGGAGGACAAAAUCUCGAGUUAACUAUUUGACUCCAAUCUGUAAACGAAGAAAGAAGUGGACGAGCGCUGAUGCCGGGGUCGUCAGAAGUCAAAUAACAGCUUUUUUAAGAACGGUUUCUCUUGCAUAAACUACCACUACACUUUACAUCCAAUAAUUGUCAGAAAAUAGUGUAAAAUCUCAGUGUUUCCCCAAACCUCAACAUCGCAAAUGUCCCUGUGUGUCUUAAUCUCAUCCACCUCUGCUGUGAUUUUGUCAGUUUUGCAAACUGCUCACACUCCUGCACCAAAAUAUCCAUAUCGAUAUAUAUAUAGUACAAUAUUUGCACCUAACAUACUUUUGAUGUGCAGGUGUGGGAGAUGCAGCCAGCAGCACCUCACUGAGCUAUGUUUGGGAAUAUAACAAAGAGAAAAAUGGUAGAAGAAAUUUAAUAUUUUCUUCCCGUCCCCUCGAGCUGCAGGUGUUACUAUGUAUUUGUUUUCAGGGUUUAUCCAUGUCGUCUAUACUGUCUAACCGGUUUUACCAUUUUCUCCACUAUCACGUCUGUAAGUCAACAUAUUAAUAACCUGUACAGCCGUAAAACGUCUCGGUCCUGUGUGUUAUUUUUGUGGCAUUAUUAUUUUCUACCACUAGUUUCCAUGGAUGUAGCUGCGAGAUGCACAGGAGGAUUGUGUAUCUUGUUUAUCUUAACAUACCAUAAUAAUAACCAUGUGUAAGAGUGUUUGAUGUGCGGGUAUAAAGAGAUUCAGUCAGCAGCACCUUACUGAGCUAUGUUUGAAAAUAAAACACAGAGAUUAUGGUGAAAGGUGAACUCUUUUCUUUCUUUAAUGUACAGCUGUGGGUGUACAGUAGUCAGUCAUGAUGAGUAAUUAUAUUCAUUUAGAAACUGGGCCUUUUAUUUUGUCUAAGUUGUGCAGGUGAUGUGAAGACUAUUCCAAAGUUUUCUCUGACUGUAUUCACAGUUUGUCGUGGAACAUGUGCAUUAAAUUACAGUUUUCAGAGCCAGAAUAAAUCCAGUGGUUUCAGUAACUGUCAAUAAAAAAAUCCAAUGAACACA